UUUAUUUGAAAACAACUGAAUUUUCGUCCUACAACCAAUGCAAACCGGAGAUAACUCGAAGCAAGCUAAUUACGUAGAAAUUUUACUGAAAUUCGUAAAACGCAAAUCGUAUGAAAGUUUGGUAAAGUGCAUAAAUAUAUUUGCUAAAAGUUUUGGUGAAAGAAAUUAAUAAGAGCUGAAGAUAAUUUUUAUAAAAUAGUGAAUGAGAAAAUUACCAGUUGGGCUGAAAAAAUACGUAAAACUAACAACGACGCCUGGGCGCAGGUCAGCAGCAGUGACCGCGGGACAUUGGAAGCAGCAGCAGCAGCAACAGGCUCAGCAGCAGCAACAACUGUCGGACCAUAGUAUCUUUGUUCAGCCAGUAACAGUAAGAGUAGCAACCGUGGUGCAGCCCCAGAAGGUCAGAGCGCAGGAAGCCACUACUAGUGGCUUCGGUGGCUCCGAUAAUCCUAACAAUACAAAUAUCACCGCAGCACCUAUGACGCCCACUAACGCGGAUACGCCGUUGCGUCGCUCCGAAGUGGGAAUAUUCCGUGACGGAGCACGCAAUGUCAAUGCAAAUAUCGGAACUCCUUUCAACGAUGAUGAUGAGGAACGACGUCAGGCGCGUCGGCGCACAAUGUUACAAGGUAGCAGUGGUCGCGAGUCAAUGUUUGAGGAGAAUGAGACUCUGAAAAAGUGUUUGGAAAUAUAUAACGGCAAUAAGCUUAGUAGGGAAAACGCGUGGUCAUUAUCACUAAUUGACACGCUUUCGACUCUUUUGGACCGUCAUCACAAAUCGCUAAAUAACUUUAAGGUCGCUGGGUCCUCACUGGAAGCUUCUUCAAAAGUUUAUGGACUUCGUGUCGAUUCUGUGCACACGGACGUGCUUCGCAUGUCUGCAGGUUUGAAUGCACAAAAAUUUGUUGAUCGUCAGGGUCAAAGUGAUGAUGAUGAUGACGUGGCAACCGGUGGUGAGGGCAAUGCGGAUCCAAAUGCGUCAGCGGCUGGCGUCAAUGAAAAUGGUGAGAAGGUCGCAGAGAAAGCUAAGCCCAAACCGAAACGUACGCGACGCGUUGUGUCGACAAUCACGAAGAAUAAGGAUACUUUAAAUUCGCGUUUAGAUACAGUGCCAUUGCAGGAUCCUGUUUUUGGCAAAUUAAAUACUAUAGUGGGAUCUAUAAACUCGUCCAAUCGACUGAUGAAUAAUAUAUUGUUGACAACUGAAUCUGAGCUACGCCUGCGGACAACAUUUCAGUUUUGGGAUGCUCAACCAGUAGCGUCAGGGUGCGACUAUACCCUAGCACCCGAUCCUAAGGAAACAAACGAAAAUGUCGUCCCUGAAUCAAUGGAUUGGGCGCCAUGCGAUCGGUUAAUGCAAAUAAGGCGCAUCGAUGAUUUGCAUUUACGACCGUUGCAUACGGGUUAUGUGAUCUCUGAUACGCCUGAGCCGAUUGCAGACAUCAAUGAAGAGCCGGACAGUCUGCGAAACAGUAUUGAUUAUUGUGGUGAUGGUGGUGGGGACCACAUAUCAAUGGCAUUUGAUAUAAACGCCGAAUGUGAACCACUGCCGGCAUUAAACGAUCAACCCGCCUUGCUUGAUGUGGAUUACAAUGAUUUUGAAGAAUUAACUACAGAGGAGCGCACUGCCAUCAAUAACUGUCGUGGCCUUCGUAAAGUACCAGUGCUCAUAGAAGAUCUGCGUCCAGUAGAUGCCACCUCAAAGCUCGAAUAUUCAUAUCGGCCGCUGGAUAAAAUUUCGCAAUUUUGGGCCGGUCCAUCACAUUGGAAAUUCAAACGCGCCCGACCACGUCCUUCAACUCAGCCCACAUUACAGGGGGUAAAUAAUCAGCGUGGAAACGCACGUCGCACCAAUGCGCUUAGCAAGAAACGUUCGAAGCAAUUGCAAUUUGAACAGGAAACCGACGACAUUUUUGUCAAAAUAGAUAAGUACAAAGCGCGUAAAGCAAAUUUUCAUAAGAAAUGGGAUCAACGUAAGCUAAAGUUACCAACCGAUUUACAAUUAGACCCAGAAAUGUUUAAUAAAUUCAAGUGCGCGCCGAGCGCUGUUGUGAGAUCAGAUCUUGACGACGAUGACGUUGAAUCGGCGUUGUUGGGCGCUGGAGAUGGUAUGCAUGACGGAACUAUGGAUGGUAAUGAAGGAGGAGAUCAUUUUGCUGAUCACAAUGAUGGAGUUGGUGGUGUAGAAGAUCCAGGUGGAUUAAGUGGCAUUGGAGGAAUUGCAAGCUUGGGUGGUGAAAACUUUAUGAACGUUUCUUCAUCGGCUUUGGGCGAAGGUGGUAUACUGACACAAUCACAGUUGGAUGACGGUUGCGACAAUGCGGCGAACAAUACUGUGUUGGAGAUAGCAACAAGUUUCGAUGGUGCGCCGAGUCAGGUCACAAAAAUUAUAGUGCCUUUUGCCAAGCGUGCGAAAGUGAUAGAUAUGAAGAGUUUGAAGCGUUGCUGUACACAGUUAAUUAACAAGCAAAUUAAAGUCCCAAUGCCACCGGAGCAGAUACCACAACAUCCAAUAAUACGGGAAGAGCACUACGCCGCAGGUAUGGCCAGCUUUAAAGAGGUUUACGAUCAUCUGCCCGAAAUAUUAUCACAAAAUAUGGCAGACGCGCUUUCGCCCUCCAUUGCUUUCUAUUCGGUGUUGCAUUUAGCGAAUGAUUUCAAUUUGCGGCUAAUACCCCAAACAGAUUUAAAUGAUUUCAAAAUACGACAAUUGACAGAUUGAUAAUUGAUGAUCCAUUAUCGAUGUCGAUGACGAUGGCGAUGGCGAUAAAUUAAUAGUGCAACGUGCGACCAGUGUACAUUAAAGCAAAUCUGACCUCCCGGACAUAACCCAAAAUACAAAUAAAUUUUACACACUUGUUAUAAAGGUAUCGUUAAAAAUUAAGAAAUUAUAAGAUGUACGCAUAGUUAACAGCAACAACAACAGCAAAAUGAUUAGUUUAAGGAAUUCUAUAUCUAACCAUUUUCUUAGGCAAUUUCGUUAAGUACAUUUUCUGCUGACUUUUUUAUUUUUUUCGCUUUCUCUUUAUAAUACACGAACAAUUAAAAUGCAUUUCAUUUCAUUUUAUGACAAAAAAAAAAACAAAUAACUCGUUUUGCUAUCCUUUAGCAAUUUUUAUGGCCUGGACGAUGUAUUUUGGGCGUGUUGUUAAAUUUCAUACUAAAAUUAAAAACAAAUUUUUGAAACUGUUAUGUAGCUGUGCUUGUUUCAUGAAGGAAAAUAGUAAAAUUUUUUCUCAACAUUCUGUGCAGAAGAACACAUACUAUAUGUACAUAUAUGAUUUUAGAUAUUGUGACCACGUUAUUAAGUGAAAGCGUUUUUAUGAAUCUGAGUUAAGUUUCUAAUUGGUAAUAAAAAGAAAUUCGGUCAUAAUUUUUUUAUAACGUAAAUACAUAUGUACAACAUAACACAAUAAUGCGAUAAGGUGCAUUAACUAAGCUUUGCAUAUCCUUUUUAGUUUCAAUACAUAUUGGUUCAAUUUUGCAUCAUGUACGGUAUAUUUCCAAAUAAUUUUAUUUUCAAAUAGCUAGAACGUAUAUAUGUACAUACAUAUAUGUAUACUAAAUGUUCGUAUAUUAUGAGCAGUUUAAACGCCUUCGAAGAAAUCGCAGUGGCGUGACAAACCAAAACCAAGUAUAUACUCCAUGCUCGAAAUUGCACCAAUGCAAAGCAUCAGUCUAUUUUAUUUUUAAACGAUGAUUGAUGGAAGUGCCAAAUAUGUCCAACAACGUUUAAAUGCAAAAUAGGUAUCUAGUUGCGGAAAUUGCUAAUUUCCAUGAAUUCUAGCUAAGAAAUAAAGUUGCUGAUGCUUUUCAUUAACGUACAUAUUUCUGAACAGGAGGAAAUUUAGGCCGCUCUGAUAGUUGCCCCUGAUAAAAGGAUGCGAUUAGUUUUUUGGUGGUUCCAAAUUCUGUUUUCUAUCUAAAAUUUAUUUGCAAUUAUUAUAAUUUUUUAAUUUACACACAUACAUACAUAUCAGCGAUCGUUAUAGAUAGUUCGUGGCAUAGGCAUGACCUUUUGCAAAUGAAAUUAAAAAAGCAAAACGUAAAAAAUCAGAUAGGUUCUGCAAUUCAUAGGAAUCGGCUAAACGGACCAACGGCAUUUGAUUAAGCUGGCCAAACACUGAAAAAGCACCAAAGGAUUUGAAAAAGUUGGUUACCAUCUCUUUUUUUUCUCAAUUUGCAGUUGGAGAAAUAAGAUCCCACUUUUUCCAAAGUUAACGGCGCGGGAAGGGGAGGGGAUGGGAGAAGUUUUUGGCACAGAUCAAUGUUCAACUGAAACAAUUUUUAUUAUAUAUAUACAUAUGUACAUAUGUAUAUGUAUGUAGGUAUGAAAUUUGUGAGCGAAUCGA